AUGGCUACCAACAGUAUCAAGCUACUCACUGGAAACAGCUAUCCGGAGCUUGCCCGCCUUGUGGCUGACAGGCUCGGAAUAGAGCUGACCAAGAUCUUGGUACUGCAAUAUUCAAACCAAGAGACGUCUGUGACCAUUGGCGAGUCUGUCAGAGACGAAGAUGUAUUCAUCUUGCAAUCUACGCCGCCUGGCGACAUCAACGAUGCUCUGAUGGAGCUUCUGAUCAUGAUCAAUGCGUGCAAGACAGCAUCUGCACGUCGUAUCACCGCCGUGCUUCCAAAUUUCCCAUAUGCUCGUCAGGACAAAAAGGACAAGUCACGCGCACCAAUCACGGCUAAGCUCAUGGCGAACAUGCUACAAACCGCUGGCUGCAACCACAUAAUCACAAUGGAUCUCCAUGCGAGUCAGAUUCAAGGCUUCUUCAACGUCCCCGUGGACAACCUCUAUGCGGAACCGAGUACGUUGAGAUGGAUUCGUGAGAACUGCGAUGUCCAGAACUGUGUCAUUGUUAGUCCAGAUGCGGGAGGCGCGAAAAGGGCGACCUCGAUCGCUGACGGCCUCAAUUUACCAUUUGCCCUCAUCCACAAGGAGCGCACUCGCCCCAACGAAGUCUCAAGAAUGACACUAGUUGGAGAAGUUACAGGCAGAACAGCCAUCCUUGUCGACGAUAUGGCCGAUACUUGCGGUACCCUUGUCAAGGCUGCAAGUGUGCUGAUCGAGCAGGGUGGUGCGAAAGACGCCAUCGCUAUUGUCACUCAUGGCAUUCUGAGCGGCAACGCCAUUGAAGCUUUGAAUGGCAGUCAACUCAAAAAGAUCGUUGUUACCAACACUGUUCCUCACGAGGACAAGAAGGAGGUUUGCGACCGCAUCGAAACGAUCGACAUCAGUCCUACUCUCGCCGAGGCUUGUAGACGAACACACAACGGCGAGAGCGUGUCUUUCCUCUUCAAGCACGCACCCGCCGACUAA